AACAAAGCAUUAGUGGCAGUAACUAUGAGGUGCAAUGUAAGUAGUUGCGAGCGCAAGAGCCAAAAGUGAGACGGAAAGAAAAUAAAAGAAAAAUCCUACAAAAAACACACAUGCACCACGAAAGGUGAAGAAGCGAACAUUUCAAAUUACUAUCCGUGCAAUGUUGCUACAGGCGGAGCCGGCCAUGGUGCCCGCGACGCCAAACAGCGAUAAAAUGUGUUGUUGUAGCGAAAACAACAAUCACCACAACCCUGCCGAAGAUGGCUCAGCACAGAAACCCCACUUUACUUGCGCCACUUGCCACCAACUACAGGCCAGCAGCGUUAAAAACAAUACAUGUAGCAUACUCUUAGGCGCAAUGUCUGAUGGUGGCGCAAAACCCGCGUUAGUACGACACUUACGGCGUUGGCAAGCGUGUCGUCGGCGUAGGCGACGCAGAAAGGGUGGCGGAGCAAUGAGAAAUGUAUACACAAACAACAACAAUAGCAUACAACGUUGUAAUAAGCAAGCGCGGAUGGCACGAACACCGCGUGCAACGCAUGCAACAACUACAGGCGGCGCUAUUGAAAAGCGAAAAUCAAGAAAACGCAUAAUCAGUAGCAUGGCUACAAGCAAUUGCAGGAGCUCAGCAAUGGUGGCGCGCUUGUUGCUUGCGGAUUACAACGACAGCGGUAUGUUGCAAGCGCGAAACAGUAAUUGCCUGCGAGCAAGCACAAAAACAACAAGAGCAGCAGCGAUUGCCAGCGUGGCACUGGAAAGCUGCGCAGCAACAAAGGCGCUGCUGGGUUUGCGUAGAGCCAGAGCUACAGCAGCAACAACAACAACAAAGGUAACAAGGCCGUUGUCGAAAUUGGUGAAAUGUGAGCGCCCGAUAAAAGUGCACAAACUAGCAACAACGGCGGCUGAACAACAGCUAACACCGUUAGCAUGCCUGCACCACCACCAACAACAACAACAGCACGAAACUGGGUUGCAAGUUGACAGCGCACGAAUACUGCGCGCCCGUAGCCGUGGCAAACCCGCUGGUGUACCGUUAGAACAACAGCUUAUCACACGUGAGUUCCGAAAUAAGCAGCUGCCACAACACCAACAACAACACUGCCUUCAACUAACAGCCGCUGCGGCACUACAGCGACCAACUGCCAAAGCAAACUACUUGCAACAUCGAAGUUGGCGAAAUUUAAUUGGAUGUGUGGCAAGCACAUGUCCAACAACAACAGCUACCGUAAUAAAUACGAUCACAGCAGCAGCAGCAACAAACGUUAUUGCAUCAGCGCCAGCAACAGCAAUAACAACAACAAGUGCACCCAAUUGCAACGCGCAUUGUUCGGCUGUCUCCGUUGUAGCCACAAAAAUGUCAACUACUCGUGCGCUGUCUGCCAAGCAAGACGAUACGAAAGCAACAACAACAACAAAAUCCGUGUGUGUAGAAACGAAAAAAAUAUAUGCGCAGCCGGGACAUGUUGUGCCGUGUGUCAUUGUGCGUAAAUCCAAGUGUCGAAGUACAAUCGCGUUGACAAGCGCAUUAACAGUGAUGGCGAAAACAGCAGCAGCAGCAGCAGCAUCAGCAAGAAUAGCAAAAAAAACAAGUCAACCAGCAAAAUCUACAAAACGCGAUAAACCAAUACAAAUAAAAUUAGUUAGAACCAGAGCAACAACAACAACAACUACAGCAACGUUGUUUGGCAAUGUUUUCACAAUACUUGUCGGCUUGCUGACACUACAUGCUACUGUGCUGCGCUGUCUCCUCUUCACCGCACUGACGGCGGCAACUGCUACGGUGACGGCCGCGCCGUUUGUGGCGCAAAACUCAUUGCUCUUGCUGUCACAACAAAGGCUGGGGCAACACCCGCACAACAACAACAACAACACGAGUAGUGGUAGCAACAGUAGUAGCACCUUUCCUUCGACUUCAGCGCAUAAUUACAAUCACCGACACACAAUGCUGCCCGCCACGCUCGCGUCUCCCGCAACACAGCCGCCAGCAUUGGCAUCGCCACCAAUACGUACCAACCGUAUGAUGGAUAUUGAGGUGUUGAACGGCAGCAGUUACUCUGACACCUUGAAGAGUCUCUCCUCGACCAUUGAGGAUGCGGAGGCGGCGCAGGGUGACGUAAAUCAGCUGCCAAUCUUUGACUUUGGCUUGCCGCGUAAUAUAACGGCACGUACCGGUCAAGCGGAAGCUGCAAUUAAAUGUCGAGUCGAGCGAUUGGACGAUAAGUCGGUCUCGUGGAUACGUAAACGUGAUUUGCAUAUACUGACCGUAGCCACGGCGACGUACACAUCGGAUAAACGCUUUCAGGUGACUUCGUCGAAAGAUGGACGCGAAUGGACGUUGCAUGUGAAAUCGCCGCAGGCUCGUGACACGGGCAUCUAUGAAUGUCAAGUGAAUACCGAACCAAAAAUGUCAAUGGCAUUUCAAUUGAAUAUCAUUGAGAUACCCGCCGAUUCGCGCGCCAUCAUCAGCGGCCCGGCCGAUCUGCAUUUCAAAGUCGGCAGCGCAAUCAUACUCAGCUGUCAUGUGCAACAGCCGAGCGUUCGUGAUAUUGGACCGAUUUAUUGGUAUCGCGGCGAGCAUAUAAUUACGCCAUUCGAGCUGGACGAAGAUGAAGAGAGCAACAGCGCCACUAACAGCAACAACAAUAAGAACAAACAUAGUCAUGGCAACGUUGGCGGUGACAUGUCUACGCCAGCACUGACGGGCAAUGAGCUGGCUGCUGAUGUGACAGCGCCGAUAACAAAUGCCAAGGCAUUGACUGCUGCUGCUGGUGGCUCGAGCGCAAUGGCGGUCACAGCGCUGCACGAUGGCUUAAGCAACGACAUAACGCCGGACUUUACGGCGCGCAUCGCCAUGGAAUCACAGUUGGGCGACACAAUGAAAUCAAGGUUGCGCAUCUCGAAUGCACAGACAACGGAUACAGGGAAUUACACUUGUCAGCCGACAACGGCGAGCAGUGCCAGCGUCAUGGUGCACGUGAUUAAUGAUGAAAAUCCGGCGGCCAUGCAAAAAAGCAGCGCCAGUUCGAUGCGCAUAAUAACAACAACAACAACAAGAAGAACAAGCUUGGAAGCGCGACUGCCGUUGCUGUUACUAGCAGCAAUAACAACAAUAAUAAUAGAAACACUAAUGACAAAGGAGAAUGUAAUAAUGCGAACAACAGAAGCAACAAUGGCAAUAAUAGCAACAAUGACAACAACAACAACGUUGCUGGUAACCUACUUAGCUGGAGUAUGUCCGCUGCAGCAACAACAACAGUGCACGUGGCAGGAAACGCAGAAAGUGAAUUGGCUACGCCAACAACAGCAAAAACAGCGGCAACAACAACAACAACAACAGCAGCGAAAGCUUUAGCGAUUGUGUUAGCAGCAGGCAUAGCAAAUAUUCUGCACAUCCUUUGGGUAUCCUUCGCAAUGUCUUGAGCAUUGCUCUUUUGUGAUAGUUGUUAUUGUUGUUAGUUUUGUUUUGUUUGCUUUGGCGUUUACGUUUCUUAUUGCAUUAUUCUAAUGGCGCACUCAUCUUACUAAAAGUAUAUGGAAACUGACACGCGAGCACACACACGCACCAUCGUUUUCACACACACACACACAGAAGCAUUCGAACGCACACAUACACAAACUUUUUGUUGCAGCUGCUCAACUGCUGAAGGCCAUUGCUGUUAUUGUUGGUGUGACGUGAGCUGCUGGUGACACUGUCAGUCCAGAGCUCCAACAACAACAACAUCUUCAAUAAUAUUAUUAUUGCGACUGUCAGGUGGCAGCAGCUUCUUGAUGCUUUCGGUUAAUAUGCGCUUGUCGGUGGCAGCUGGCAACAAGCUCAUCAAAAGCAGAGAACCAACAGCACCACCAAGACUGCGGCAGCAACUAACUAGCAGCAGAAGCAGCCUGGCGUAGGCUGGAUUGCCAAUUGCAGGCUCAUCCGCCGUUUGGUCUUGGACUUCCACUUGUCCUUCUCCUCCAAUUACUCCUCUGAGCCAUUGCCGUCCAUCGGUCGUUCCAAUAGCUUAACGCUAAUGCCGGCACAUGGACUCUGCCACAGUAGCAACUCCUCAGUCCGUGACAGGACCACAAUCUGCAUUAUCUCAGUGGCAUUGUUGCCGCUUGCCGACGCAUUUCAACGUUAAAGCAGCGUCGGCGCACGCAAAAGACGCCUAACAAGCUGACGUCGGAGAAAAUAUCAUUGAAGACGACUAAAGACUACCUACCCAUAGACUUACAAACACACACAUGCAUAACAUAUACAUAUACAUAUACCCCGAACAUCAUGCAGAAGCAGCCUUGAUUGCUGCCAUGGCUCCUCUGAACACUGGUUAUUCGGAAUGCUGAUUGCCCAUCGCCUCGGAGCUGAGGUACAUAAGUCUUUGGGGUGUGGUGGCGGUGCUUAAGUAAAUUUAAAUAUGAAACGAAAAAGAAACAAAGCGGAAACAGCAAAAUAAAUAGGACCAAAUAUGGCAAAUAAAUAUAUACAGGGUGUAGUCCUAACUUAUGUCGGAGAGAGGUGCAAGUGCAGGCAGCCAAAAUGGCAAACCGCUUAAAUAUUUGCAUUUCAUUUUGCUAAAAAACCAAUGAAGCAAGUGAAACAAAGAAGAUAUGUCCUUUUCAUAUAAUAUUGUACUUGAGGCGCCGUGUUGCCAAUAGUUAAAAAAGUUAGAAUGUUGCCACCUGUUAGCAAAUUUAAAAAUUUUUGAAAAUGUUCAAAAGGAAGGUCUAGAAGGCUCAAAAUUUUAAUAAUAAAUUUAAGAGGGUUGCCACCUUUUUCAAUUUUAUUUUCAUUAGUUCAAUGAAAUAUUAGAAUAAGGCUUCAAAGAAAACAAAUUUAAAAAUUAUUUCUAUUGAGAAGAUUUUCGAGAAGGGUUGCCAUAUCUUUGAAAAAUGUAUUGAAAAAAAUUACCAAACCAUAAAGGUAGCUGAAAAAACUGCAAUGAUUUAAUCACAUGUAUUUUCAAAUUUCUAAAUUUUCAAUGGAUGUGUGUGUUUCGUAUAUGGAGAUCUUUUUUUGGAAAUCCCUAAUACUUAUAUUUUUCCAAAAACCUUUACCUUUACGGAUUUACAUCUUCGUACAAAAAAAGGUUCAAAAGUCGGAACCCCAACAUUUCUGAUGAAUUUUCAUCUUCCUUAUCUCGACCUCACAUCUUAUGUGUCUAAACGAAAAAUCUUCCCCUUGAACAUUUUCCUACGCCACUGUAAAAUAUAUGCAAUAAAGUGGACAACGAAACAAUUCAGAUAAUAAUUUAGAAAAACAAUACUUGCCACUCUGAGUAGAGCGGGUAGGGCAGAUUGGAUAACCGUAUUUACAUACUUCAGAAAUGUGGCCAUCAAAAAUAUGUAAGCAGUCAAUCACAAUAAGCACAAAUUUGAUUGAUAAAUGCCGAGUUGGAAUGCGAAGCUUUCAGCUGUCGAUAAACAAGGUAGUCGACCGGUAAAUAUGUAAUCAAUGGCUAACAAGCGGAAGCAAAAGCAAAUGAAGGCACAAUUCGAAUGUAAUCAAAGAGGGACAAAGAAAAGGGAGCAAUCAGUUGGAAAAGCAACAAUGAGAGCACGUGACAACGCAAUUUUUCUGAUUGCUACUAAAGGUGUCCAUAAUAAUUUCUUUAUAAAUAUUAUAUAUUUUUGGUCAGAAUAUUUUUAUCCUCCGCAUAGUUCCAGUUAAUUGUGGCUCGAAUAAUUUAAUUUACAAAAGAUCCCAACAAGGUUUUUAUUAGAGUAAUUAACCACUCAUUUGUCCGAACUCGAGCAGCUUUAUACUAAAGUUACCGCUCUCUCUGUUAAUCACUUUUCCAUACCACAUGCUAUGUUAAGUUAAGGUUUACGUACCUCUAGAGUGCAUAAACUACUAUAAUCAUAUCAAUAUAUGGGACUACAUCUCUGAGGGUUUCAAAAUUUUGCCAGUUGUCGUUAGCCUUCUUCCUC